AUGCCAGCAGCUAACCCGAUGCUUGUCACCCUUCUCGCCCUCAACUCUGCAGCCAGCAGCGCAGCGCUCGCGCCCAAGCCGCCGACCCGCCGCGGCGUGCUUGCUGCGGCUGGAUCGGUCGCAGCGGGAGUCAAAGCUGCCAGCGCCGCCUCUGAGCCUCAGUCCAAUUCGAAGCCUUGGGUGGCGGAUGCAAGGAUCGGUGCGGACGAGCAGUACGCGGGCAGCCUGCCCUACGAUCCGUGGGCGCACUCGUCGCUCUUUGGCCUCGUGCCGCCCCCCGUGGCCGGAACUUGGUCGCACCAGGAGCUCGUCGAUGCCGCGCGUGGCGGAGGGGUGGCUUCGGUGCAGAUUGCGCCUCAGCACGACGUGGUCAUCGCAGUCUCGACGAGCGGUCGGCGGUACGCCACGCCCAUGCUCGAUGACGACUUCCCCACGCUGCUGCUCGAGACGACUCGUCCAGACGGCUCCUACCCCUUCGCAGUCCUUCCGAUGGACGAGUCUCUCACGCAGCGAGAGAAGGCGCAGCGCGAGCGCGCAGAGGGCGCACGGCCGCCGCGCAAGCGCGCGAGCCGAUGUCGGACGAGUUGCGCCGCGCGUUUGGGAUGGCGAGCGAGCUGGGGGCUCGCGCCAAGGCGCACCAGCUGCAUCUCGGCUGCAUCUCAGCGAGACGCGACUGCCGAGCGGCUCGAGCCCGCGGCGGCGGCCGAGGUGCGAGCGCAGGCCGUCGAGCUGCGCGAGCGGGCGGCCAAACUGCGCUUCCGUGCCAAGCUGGCCGCGCGCCGGCUGCAGCGAGAGUACGAGCCCGCAUGGGUAACGCCGCUCACGGCGGGCGGGGAGCUUCCCCGGCUCGAGCAGCUGCUGCGCCCCUUCCGCGUCUGGACGGACGGCGCGCGGGAGAGAGCGAGUGGGCGCAGUACAUCCAGCUCUCUCCGCUCGCGGGCACUUCAGCAUGCCGCCGCUGGCACGGUGCGGCGCCGUUUCCGGGACGAGAUGGGCGUUUGGCGGCUCAGCGCGCCCUUCUCGCGCUUCUACGGCCAGCCGGUGUACAUCCUCCGCCGUUGCAUCGCUUGA